CCGUAACUGAAAACGAACGAUCGGUGUUCGAUUACCCAUGGUCAGUAAACUCAUAAGCCGGCAAAAAUGGGAGCAGCUGGUUGCAGCUGAUGGCUACUAUUCUUACGAUAAUUUCAUCAAAGCUGCAGAGAAAGUGUACCCGGAUGGAUUUUUGAACCACGGCACGGAGGCGGAAAAAUUACGUGAACUGGCGGCAUUCCUAGCCAGCGUUGCACACGAGACAGACGGGUUCAAGUUGACUGAACACACCUACAAAAUGCCCCAGGUUCUAAUCGGUUCAAAAUACUAUCCUUCACCUGGGCGUAUGUACUACGGUCGGGGACCUUUAAUGCUCAACUGGAAUGGUAAUUACGGUUCAUUUAGUGCGUAUUUUUUCAAGGACCAACAGAGACUGCUGGAUGACCCAGAUGAGAUUGCCAGGGAUGGAUACGUUGGAUUCUCUUCGGCCCUUUGGCUAUGGAUGACUCAACCCAACGAAAUGACUUCUCCCCAUAAUAGUAUCUACCGUGACCUUUGCCGACAUAAAAACUGGGGGUUUGGACGCACAGUACUAGCAAUCGGUGCCUCGAUGGAGAACACAUGCGAGAGUGAGAAUAAGCGUCUUGCCAAACGGAUUGAACUCUAUCGCCAUUUUGCAGACGCACUGAACGUGACAGUUGGUGUCCUUGGCGAGCAACUCAAUACGUUUGGAAUGCGGCGAACAUGCGAGUGAUUCAGUUUUCACACUAGGCUCUCUCCUGAAGGUGCAUGCAAACAGUAGUCUGGACAACAGCUCGUCUAGCGAGUUUCAUUCAUGCUCCACUUAUAAACAUAUGCUGGUGCACCUACAUAUGAAACCUUUGGAUUUCAUCUAACCAUGGUGCACCUAGCACGGUGUUUGUACGCAGCUGAUCACCUGUACUCUAAGCUGACUACUUCCCUCAUCCGUCUUUAACCGUCUCUUUCAACAUGUCUACCCUUUCCUCCAGCUGGAACGUUUUGUUUGGCAUCUUCCUGGCAGAUCAUUGAAAACUUCCUACUCGAUUUCUCCUAUUCUAUAAACAGAUAUUUCACAAGUAAUUGUUCUUAGACCAAGACGUCUAGUUAUUGCGCGACGCAGGAGCAACCGGAAAAAAAUC